UCGCAGAGAUAACGACAAAAUAGAUAUUGUGGAAAUGAAAUGGUCUUCCAAAUGUUUACCCAGCCAUGGAUCUCAGAUAACAAAACGAAUAAGGGAAAGGGAGAAGUUUGUCGGAAAGGGUUCACGAAACUCAUUUGCAAAAUCUACUCUGGAAAAUUGGAAAACAAAUUCUUUGAAGUCAAUUUCUUAUUUUUCGUUUAUGGGAAAACCGAUUCCAUCUUCAUCAAGGUUUCAAGAUUUCGCCAGGAUUAUAACAUCCGAUAGGAUCCAACAACAAUCCAAACGAGGCCCUAAACUUGUUUCUAACAAGACCCGGGUUGUGCCUCCUCCGGAACCCGCCAAACCGAAGGGGAUUCGGAUUGUUCAAUCGGAGAGACAACAACAGAGAAUAAAGAUAAUGGAGGAGAAUUCGUCGAUGAACCGCCGGAUUCCGCUGGGGGAGGUAGUGUUGGAGUGCUCAAGACGGUGGUUCCAGGACACCCUUAAGGAAGCAAAAGCCGGUGACACCGGCAUGCAGGUGUUGGUGGGUCAGAUGUAUUGCAGUGGUUACGGUGUGGUUAAAAAUGCACAGAAGGGACAAGCUUGGAUUAGUAGGGCUUCCAGGAGUCGAAGCUCUGUAUGGAAAGUUGGUGAUAAACACCCAGGUUACAAUGCUAGUGACUCGGAUACCGAGGAGGAGAAAGAUGAAGGAAAACAACAAUAAAUGUGUUAUGUUCAUCAAAUUGAUCAUAACAAAUGAAUUAUGGGGUCAACACGCCGGUCAACAAGUCUUGUCAUUCCUUUUCUAUUCCUUUUCCCCUUUUCCUAUAGGGUUCAAUGUAUGAGUAAGAAAAUGGUUCCAGAAUGUAGUAUUUUGGGCUUAGUAAUUUGAGAAAAUUGCAGAUUUUGCAAGUGAGGUGAUACUUAAUAGCAUGGUCAAAAGUACUUGUUCAUAUUUCAUUCAUUUUUCUCUUAA